AUGGAUUGCUUUAAGUGUAAAAAAAAUGUUGCUGAAAGGGAUGUUAUUAAAUGUACGGGAUGUAAUAUGUACAUGCAUUAUCAAUGUGCUGAUUUAUCUGAAACUGAAUUCAAAAAAAUCCUCCCUAUGAAUAAAAUCAAAUGGAAAUGCCCACCCUGUAAAAAUAAGAGGCUCGCUGGUACGUUAGGAGGGACAGUGUCACCUAAGUUUAAAGAUUGCGCUACUACGUCUAUUUUAAACGUCGACACCGACGCCUUGACUGAAUAUAUGGAUGCGAAACUUGACAGUCUGCGCCAGCAGUGGCAGGAGGACUUAAACUCAGCCAUCCAAAAAGUAUCUAAAACUUUUGCGCAAGAUAUUAAUAGGCUGGAAAAACGUGUUGCUUCAUGGGAGGAGCGCAUAAAGGAACUCGAGCAAAACUUUACGGCAUCGCAUAGUCCUGACGUCACCCUGAUGCAGGAAAACAACGAGCUUCGCGCAGAUUUGGAGAAUUUACGUGCCAAGUUUGAUGACCUCGACCAAGCCUCUCGCAGUUGCAACGUGGAAUUACAAAACAUUCCUGAUAAAAAGGCUGAAAACCUGAUUCAUUUAUCUAUAGAGGUUGGUAAGCUAAUUGGCGUCGAUAUCAAGGCAAGCGAUAUUAGAUCUGUUCAUCGCGUGGCUCCAAAGAGUUUAUUAAUGAAGCGUCAGAGUGAAGUGGUUUGGGAAUUUCUAUCUGACCGAGCCUCCGAUGUUUCAGACCGAAAACCAAAUAAUAACGCUAAGGACAAUAGCGUUAAGGCAUCCUCGUCACAGGUACGACAAGGCGGCGAUAUUUGGGUGGCGCGGGGGUUGAGCGGCGGAGCAUUGGGGGUUUGGGGGUUAGGGGAAACGGCACGGCUCCAUGCGAUGCGAGCGAAAGCGAAGUCUCCGCUACAUUCGCGCGUCUGGCAUUGUCGCGUUCACACGCGCCACAUCCGCGCUCGCGUCCGGCUGCUGCCCGCGGAGUUAGAGCUCGGUACUGGGUCGUUGUUCUUCAAGAUUCGCGACAACAUCAGUUCGUGGGUGCUGUGGUGGCGUCAAUGCCAUCUUCGGAUGGGCGCACCGCAGACCCCUAAACUAAUUGAAGAAGAUGAGUGCCUGCCACGUGUGGCUGCACUAGAAGCAACCCGCCAGGCUCAACAAGAGCGCAAGCUGGAGCGGCGACGGGGACCUAGUGCGCCGAGGCGACGCGGCCUCGAAAAUGAACUCGAGGGUGAAAGGCGUAGACCCCGCCGCAAGCCUCGGAAAAAGUAA